GUUGUGGGGAGGGGGUUUCGAGAACUGAUAUUAAGUCCACUGACAAAUAACACAAAACUUAUACUAUCACAGAAAUGAAUAAGAUAAUUCUGAGUCAGCAUAAAAUUACUUUACAUUCAUCACGUCAUAUCCUAACUAAAAUAUCAAGAAGCUAUCAGUUUAAUAAGAACUCAAGAAGCAGUGGUUUCAGCCAGCCACCAGGUUAUAUUCCGCCACAUAUCUGGAUGAAAUCGAGACCAGGAAGGGAAGAUUUGAAAACAUCCAUAUUCGGUGUUGAUGAAAAAAAACCCACUGUGGAUGAAAAAAGUUACUUAUCACAUGCCGCUCAUGCCUCUCUAUCCGGUUUCCCUGUGACAGAGAACUUUUCUUAUGAAAUUGUUAAUAAUAUCAAUGAAAUUCCGAAAGUCGAUCAAAAACUAUUAAAUAAUCUUCAAGCUAUGGGUUUGUUUGAGCUGACACCCGUUCAAAAACAUGCCAUUGGAAUUAUGUCAGUUGAUGAAUAUGAGGAGGUUGACGUUAAAAUAGAUGAGUCCAAUCAAAGUACAGAUGAUAAUCCUCCUUAUGAACGUGUCACUGGUAAAUUUGACUUAAUGGCAGCUGCACAAACUGGUUCGGGUAAAACAUUAGCUUAUCUUAUUCCAAUUUUCAAUCGUUUGUUGAGAGUUUAUCCAUUUGAAGCGAUGCAAUCUUUGCUCAUCUCUCGUACACGACGUCAGUAUCCCUCAUCUGUAAUUUUGGUACCAACUCGUGAGUUAGUCCAACAAAUACAGUUAGAACUACGUAAAUUAUGUAACCAAACCUUCGUUCGAUCAGUAGGUGUAUUUGGUGGUGAACGACCAGAACGACAGAUGUUUGAAUUGAAUAAGGGAUGUCAUUUUGUAGUUGCAACUCCUGGAAGACUUUUGGAUUUCUUGAACCGUGACUGUAUAUCCUUAAAAUUCUGCAGAUCUUUAAUACUUGACGAGGCAGACCGAAUGCUAGAUAUGGGUUUUGAAGAGCAAAUACGUCAAAUUCUAGAGUCACCGAAAUUUCAAAUGCCUCCACCAACAGGGAAUGGUCGUCAAACUGCAUUAUUCAGUGCGACAUAUCCACGUGAGGUUGCUCUUUUAGCCAAAGAUUUUCUACGCGGUCCAAACUGUAUUUCUCUUACACUCAGCAGUCCUGAAUCUAAUACUGGUACUGUAGUCCCUACGUGGGGAAAAGCAGUUCGUAAUAAAAAUGAAGAUGAAUUUGAACGACUUACACGAAUAAUUCCCAAAGAAAUUAAUCAGCAGUUCCAAGUGGUUGUCGGUAAUCCUGAAUCCGCUGUAUCGAAUCAUCUUUUACAGUUAAUUCUAGAAAUGAAAUCUAAAAGUUUGGAAAGUGUUUGUCGAGUUCUUGUAUUCUGUAAUACCAAAAGGGAAGUUGAUCAAAUUGAUAAUUAUCUUUAUUCUAACGGCAUAAAAUCGACCUCUAUUCAUGGUGAUAAAACUCAGUCUUCUCGUGCAAAAUCCUUAGAUCUAUUCCGUAAAGGAACAGCGAAUGUUCUUGUCGCUUCAUCGGUUGCUGCUCGAGGUAUUGAUAUACCCAAUGUUUUUGCAGUUAUUAAUAUUGGUCUCCCAAAUGAAUUAGAUGAUUAUGUUCAUCGAAUAGGACGAACUGGUCGUAUGGGUAAAUCUGGUGAGGCUAUAACACUUAUUCAUGAAACCUUGUUACAACAACAACAAUCAAGCAGAACAGUAUCACGUGGAAUUUGCCAACUUUUCGAAUCUGUUGGUAAUUUAGAUAAAGUCCCAAAAUUAUUGUUGGAAUAUGCCAAUAUGGAAACUCAAGAAGGGGGAGAACAAAAAUACAAUAUUCGUUCAAAAAAUAAAGACAUUUAUUCGAAAUUUAAACCUCGUUCAUUCACAAAAGGUUAUAAAAGUUAUUCACGUGAUGAUAGUUCGAUGCGAUAUUUGUAAAUAAACAUUAUAAUUCAAUCUAGCAAUAUGUAAUAUAAACAUAAUUCACAUGUAUAAUUAUAUUUGUCUUCAUUUUUUAUGCGGGGAAAAAAGUAUUGCUUAAUAUAUCAUCACAAGUAUGAAAUCCGAGGACAAUCUUCACAUAAUGCCAGAACAUCGGAACUCCAAAUGUGUUGGUUAAAUCGUUUGUAAUAUUUCUGGUUUGCUUUAUACUUUUGGAAUUCUGACCGAUUCUAUUUAUUGUAUACGAGUUCUUAACAAGUCAUUGCAAAUGGAAUAUAUCGUAACUGCUUACAUCGUACAGUCUAUCAACUUUGAAAACUUGACUUUGUUUCAACAAUACCCGUGAAGAAAAACCUUCCGCAAAUUGCAACGUAUUUGUUAAAAUAUUAAUAAACACAGA